CGAGGCAAAGUCAAACAUGCACUUGGCAAGUGCUUUUGCUGGUAUUGGCUUUGGAAAUGCUGGUGUUCAUCUUUGCCAUGGGAUGUCUUACCCAAUUUCUGGUUUAGUGAAGACAUAUAAAGCAAAGGAUUAUAAUGUGGAUCAUUCUUUGGUGCCCCAUGGCCUUUCUGUGGUACUCACAUCCCCAGCAGUAUUUACCUUCACAUCCCAAAUGUUUCCUGAGCGGCACUUAGAGACAGCAAAGAUUUUGGGAGCCGACGUCCGCACUGCCAAAAUCAAAGAUGCCGGGCUUAUUUUGGCUGACACGCUCCGGAAAUUUUUAUUUGAUCUGAAUGUUGACGAUGGCUUAGCCGCCAUUGGUUAUUCCAAAGCUGAUAUCCCGGCGCUGGUCAAAGGCACGCUGCCUCAGGCACUCUGCUGUUCACUAGAGAUGCAAACUCCAGAUAUGUGGGGUGACUUCAAGGGAGGAGCGGAGGGUGAUGCCAAGGAUGUGAGCUUGGGCGACUGGGACUACUGAUGCUCCCGAUAAUAAUAAUAAGAUCGUUGAGGAGCAGGCGAGGUUUAGGGGGAAAGAUAACGAGUCUUGUUUGAGAUUCCUACAGGACAUCUGCUCACUAUGUCCAAAAUAGAACUGGUCAUGAAGUAGAGAUCAUGGUGGAGACCAGGGUUAUUUUAUAGAUCUAGAAAGCAUCUCCAAAGCAAAAGUCAUUAAUGGAACUCAUUGAAGCUCCUGAGAGCACCAACCAAGAUUUUCCAAGGAGAAGAAAAGAGGGUUCAGACACCCGUUUUGAAUCAGCAUGGCAUGGAUGAAGAGCUAGCAAAGGACCCUAAGAAGUCAUGGUCAGAUAGGUUAGAGGAGACCCAGGAGACAGAAAGUUCACCAAAAAAAAACAAAAAACAAAACAAAACAAAAAAAAAACAACCCUAAAAAACAGAGUCGCAAGGAGGAAAAGGUGAUCAACAUUGUCAAUAGCUUUAGUCAGGGAGGAGGAUUGAGAAAAACAUCAUUAGGUUUGGCAAGGGAUCACUGGUGACUUUGGAGAGAGCAGUUUCAAUUAAAGGUUAGAAGUGAGAAACUUUCAU